CAAUUCGCACCUCGAAUCUUGUAGGCAUUUCACUUCUCGACUACUUACUCGACUCCCUCUCGAUUACCACAUUCAACUUGGACAGUCAUAAAAUACCUGCUCUACCAGUUCAACAUCCACAUCACUCAGUUACUAUUCAUACGACAGUAAUACUUGCCAACAGAUCACGAUCAUCUUAGAACCGCAAGUAAAACCGAGCUCUCGGAGCAAGAGGAGGACCGCUAAGCCGCGGCGAUGAUGGACAUUCCAACACCAUCCCGACAUGGCGUCUUUCCCGCUGCACCCUACUCCACCCGCCCGCCUAGCCCUCCUUCUAUCAUGAUACCAGCACCCAAUCUGCACCAUACAAAUGAGCAUAUCGCAGUCGUACCGAACUACGAAAAGGUCGAUCCGGCCUCGCUUAGCGCAGAUGACCUGAAGAUCAUCACACAGAAUUACAAGGAACAGUUAGCUAAGGACUCGGCUGCCAAUUGGACAUAUGAGAGCCGUCGCAUUGCGCAACCGAUCCUCGACUUCGUCUACCUCGGCCCCUCCAGUGUCGCCCGAGACCGCGAGUGGCUACGUAAGACUGGCAUCACCAUGUUGCUAGCCGCGCGAGACGCUAAAAUGGCCGAUAUACGUCUUAUGGCUACCGACAGAGUUGCUCAGGAACUCGGUAUUCAGUCCGAGUAUGUCGAUGUCUCUGGGUACAACGAGCUGAUUCGUGCUUUCCCAUCCGUUGUUCGAACCAUCAAUAACCACAUGCUGGAUGUAUUUCGUGGGCAACGUAUAAAUAAUGCGAACAUGCAAGUGGAGGACGGCAAAAUGGUGAUUCCCCAGGAAAAAUUCCAAAGAGGGAAGGUCCUUGUCUUCUGCGAGACAGGAAACGACCGUUCAGCUGGCGUUGUCGUCGCUUACCUGAUGUCCGUCUUCGGAUUAAGCAUGGUCGAAGCUUGCCAGUUUGUGAACUUCAAGCGCUUCUGUGUCAGCAUAGCUGACGACCUCAAGUAUGUCCUCCAAUCUUACGAGGGCAUUCUCUCCGCACAGCGCGUAGUGCACCAACAUGAACUCAGCAGCAUCACAAACCAAGAUACCGGUGAAUCGAUGAAAACCAGGACAAAACGGCGCUUCGCCGACACAGUUGACCAAGAUGAGGAGAUGGGAGAAACCGACGAUGGCAUGGCUCUGGACUAUGACCGCUUCAUGGGCCGCCGAUCAUUUGUUCCCUUCGUCGACGUUAAGAAUUGUCCUUCUGGAUAGUGAACAGGCCCCGAGUAAGAUUGGUAGAGACAUCAGAGGAGUCACGUGGUGGUGGGUUUUGAUAAAAGCAUACGCGAGGCGAAUAGGUUGAAGGGCAAGGUUCAUAUUGCAUGCUUGACUCGAUUCUGUUAUCAAGUCACAACGGUUACAGUGGUCAGCAAGGGCGUUUACUGGAUGGGAAAUACCCCUUUUCUUCGCUUGCUUUUUUUAACUUCUAUAGAUUAAAAAGGCAACGGUCUCUUGAUUGCAUUUUACGUUUUUUUCAACCCCUCGGGGUGCUUGGUUGUCAAUAAGAUAGCAACGAAUACUUUCUAUAAGUCCUCGUCAGCUGCAGCAGUGCUAUUGUAGUGAUGUCUCCACACUUCAACUCUUGAUCCCGAAGUUGCACUUCCUCUACGGACCAGAGCUUUGAUCAGGACUAGUACUGCAUCAAUUAAAACCCGACUGCCUUUC